GUUUUGCGCGCCCCUUGGCUCGGCCUCAUUGUCUUACUCGGACCGAUAGAUUUAAGCAACAAAUCUUCGACGACGACAACGUCACCUUGGACUGCAUUAGGCACAAGGGUUUCUUCGGUCGAGGACAUUGAGAUCACGAAGAGCCAAACAACAAAUAACUAUCAUCUUAAUGGGCUUUUCACCAUGCCGGCAGCACGUCGUCUCGGAGUCGGAUUAAAGCUAAUCCAGGCCGCUCAACAUGCUGCCCUGCGCCAAGCGAAGGACAUGCGCAAAAUCACUGCAAAGAUCACGGUCAUGGUUUAUUCCCAGAAUAAACCAGCAAGGUUGUUAUAUGAAAAGUCUGGAUUUAAAAUUUCUGAGACGAAUGCUCAUUCGAGAAAUGAAACAUUAUCAGAUGGAAAGGCUGUCUUAACCAUGGAGUGGCUUGGGUUGGCGGCAGAGACAACCCCCGCAGAUCUAGGAGAAUUUCCUCAAUAGUGUAUAUAUUUCGAGGUGUUCAUAGAUCGAUACAAGCACAGAUGUCUCCGAAUUUGAAGGGCAUAGAGAUAAACCCUG